AACACCGGAGCUUUACAAAGUUUUGACACGCGGAAGAAAAAAAAACUCAUCUCCCGAGGAGCUGCUGAUGAAAAAAAAACCAAACAACUUGAAGCAUCCUGCUCCGCCUCGACUCAUCAACGUCACGCAGUAAAAACCGCGGAGGGAGAAAAGUUGUUGUAGUUUGUUUUCUGUAGUUCGCGCGCCGACUAGGAUCAGGAGGAGAGGAUGUGAGGAGCUUUCGAACCGUCAUGGCAGCUGGAGAGGAGUCACCAUCGACGACGUGACGCUUGUUGAGUUGACGCGUGGUUAUUUUAUUUUUUUUUUAUUUUUUUUUGUGGCACAGCUAGCCGAUGCAGCGAGCCCCUGUCCGGGUUAAAAGCUGGACUUCACACGGAGCCUGAGUGCAUUCCGGGCGGCCACAUCACAGCGGAGCGAGCUGACUGGAUGCAUUUUACAAGCAGCACAUGGCCUGCAUCCUGCUAACAGACAUGAACCCACCCUCACCCUCUCCACCAACACCCAGCACAAGGCAUGACCCCGAGCAGGACACAAAGCCUGCUUUCCUAAGCAUUCAGCUUUACCAGCCGGGGACGGUCCAASAGGGUGGCAGCUUCUCUCAGAACAUACUCACCUUUCCACCUGGAGAAUAUGUAGCAGAGGAACUGUGCAUCAAUGCUGCCAAAGCUUGUGGGAUUAGUCCAGUGUACAUCAACCUGUUUGGCCUAAUGAAGGAGAAGAACCAGAUGUGGUUCCCCCCUAAUCACAUCUUUAAAGUCAGACCAGGAGAGAAUGAUGAGUGGCUUCAUUUCAGAAUCAGGUAUUAUUUUCCAGGCUGGUACAACAGCAGUAAUUCUUUCUUCGCCCAUCGCUACAGUUGGUCCAAAGAAAAGGAGAGCCCRGUCAUGGAUGACUGCGUGUUAUCCUACCUGUUCGCUCAGUGGCGAAGUGACUUCCUGAAAACUUUGGUUGAGAUGCCAAUAAACCACGAAACUCAGGAGGAGUGUCUGGGCAUGGCUGUGCUGGACAUAAUGAGGCUCGCGAAGGAGAAGGAUCAGUCACCUGUGGAAGUGUACAACACCACCAGCUACAAGUCCUUGCUGCCACAACACGUCCGGCACCGCAUCCGAGCGUACAACUUCUUCACUCGCAAGAGAAUCCGCUAUCGCUUCAAAAAGUUCAUCCAGCAGUUCAUCGAAUGCAAGGCCACCGUUCGGAACCUCAAGCUCAAGUACCUGAUGAGCCUGGAGAUGUUGCUGCCCUCUUUUUUUUCCGAGUGCUUCCAAGUCACCAAACACUCGCGAGAGGUCACCGUCAUCGUGUCGGGCGUCGAGGGCAUCCUCCUGUACAAGGGGAGGUGGAGAAAAGGAGACAAAGAGGAUCUGCAGCUAUUCUGUGAUUUUCCCGAGGUGAUAGACAUCAGCAUCAAACAAGGCAAUAAGGAUGGCCCGUUAGAAAGUCGCAUAGUUUCUGUCACCAGACAAGACAGCAGCACCCUGGAGGUGGUGUUUCAUUCGGUUGCAGAGGCGCUCUCGUUUGUUUCCUUAGUCGACGGGUAUUACCGACUGGUCGCCGACGCCCAUCACUACCUGUGCAGGGAGGUCGCUCCGCCGAGGCUCCUCGAGUGCCUUCAGAGCAGCUGCCACGGCCCCGUAUCGAUGGAGUUCACAAAGAUGAAGCUGCGCCGCUCAGGGAACUACCAAGGCCUGUACAUGCUGCGCUGCAGCCCCAAGGACUACGACAAGUACUUUAUGUCCUUUAUUGUGGGGUAUGAGACCAUGGUGGAGUAUAAGCACUGUCUGAUCACGAAGACGGAGUCAGGAGAGUACACUCUGAGUGGUGCCCAGAAAAGCUUCGGCACCCUGAGAGAACUUCUGAACUGCUACCAAAAGGAGGCGCUGCGCACCGACGGAUACACGUUUCAGCUGACCAGAUGUUGUCCACCCUGCCCAAAAGAGAAAUCCAACCUGCUGGUGUGCAGAAAUAAUCAAGAGGCGGAGCUUCCUGUGUCUCCGUCAAUCCACAAACACAUCAGCCAGAUGGUCUUCCACAAGAUCCGCAAGGAGGCCCUUUUCUUUGCCGAAUGUUUGGGUCGAGGAACGUUUACUAAGAUCUUCCACGGCGAGCGGGUCGAGCUCGGAGAGAAUGGGGAGUCCCACAAGAUCGAAGUCGUCAUCAAGAUUCUGGACAAGGCUCAUCGCAACUUUUCUGAGUCUUUCUUCGAGGCGGCCAGCAUGAUGAGUCAGCUUUCCCACAAGUACUUGCUCCUCAACUAUGGCGUUUGUGUUUGUGGUGAUGAAAACAUGAUGGUGCAGGAAUACGGUAAAUUCGGCUCCCUGGAUAUCUACCUGAAAAAGAACAAGCAGAGCGUUAACGUCCCCUGGAAGUUAGAGGUGGCGAAGCAGUUAGCCUGGGCGAUGCAUUACCUGGAAGAUAAAAACAUCACUCAUGGAAAUGUUUGCGCCAAGAACGUUCUCCUGAUCAGAGAGAAGGACCAGAAGGCGAAGAAUCUGCCCUUCAUUAAGCUCAGUGAUCCGGGGAUCAGCAUCACCAUGUUGCCCAGAGAGGUUCUGGUGGAGCGGAUACCCUGGGUGCCCCCCGAGUGCAUCGACAACCCCCAGAAUCUGGGUUUAGCCACGGAUAAGUGGGCCUUUGGGACGACUCUGUGGGAGAUCUGCAGCGGGGGAGAGAAACCACUCGGAACACUGGACAGCUCCAAGAAGAACCUGUUCUAUGAGGACCGACACCAGCUGCCGGCUCCCAAAUGGACUGAACUGGCUAAUCUGAUAAACAGCUGUAUGGACUACGAGCCUUUACACCGACCCUCCUUCAGAGCCAUUAUCAGAGACCUGAACAGCCUCUUCACUCCAGAUUAUGAGCUGCUGACGGAAAGUGACAUGGUGCCCAGCAGGACUCAAGACUUCGACUUCCUGUGGGCGUCUUCGAGUCAGGAUCCUGCUCAGUUUGAGGAGAGGCAUCUGAUUUUCCUCAAGCAGCUGGGCAAAGGAAACUUUGGCACUGUGGAGAUGUGCAGGUACGACCCCCUGCAGGACAGCACGGGGGAGGUGGUGGCAGUGAAGAAGCUGCAGCACAGCACAGCCGAGCACCUCCGCGAGUUUGAGCGGGAAAUUGAAAUCCUCAAGUCCCUCCAUCAUGAAAACAUUGUAAAAUACAAAGGAGUGUGUUACAGUGCAGGACGGGAGAACCUUCGGCUGAUCAUGGAGUAUCUCCCCUUCGGCAGCUUGAAGGAAUAUCUCAGCAAACACAAGUCGCUCAUCGAUUCCAAGAGGCUGCUGCACUACGCAUCUCAGAUAUGCAAGGGUAUGGACUACCUCGGCACUAAGCGCUACGUUCACAGAGACCUGGCCACCAGGAACAUUCUGGUUGAGAGCGAGAUGAGGGUUAAGAUCGGCGACUUCGGCCUGACCAAAAUGAUACCGCAGGGCAAAGAUUACUAUCAAGUGGCAAACCCCGGGGAAAGCCCCAUCUUUUGGUUUGCUCCGGAGUCUCUGAACAACAAGUUCUCCGUGGCGUCAGAUGUUUGGAGUUUUGGCGUUGUCCUCUACGAGCUUUUCACCUACAGCGAUAAAAACUGCGCCCCACCAGUGAUUUUCAUGGAGAAUAUGGGGAAUGAGAAGCACGGCCACAUGAUCCUGGUUCAUUUUUUUUCUCUGUUGAAAAAUGGAUUCAGGCUGCCUGCUCCUGACAGCUGUCCAAACGAGAUUUACAAGCUCAUGCUGGACUGCUGGAGCUUUGACCCGAAGUCGCGGCCUACGUUUAAGACUUUAGUCCAGCGGGUGGAGGCUGUACGAGGCAGCAAGGAUGGAUGAGUUGCCACCGAUUCCCGAACCUUUGACCCGUCGGUGUCGACGUACGCGAGUCGGACGUCGCUGAGCAAAGAAAUAGCGUGCUUUGCUGCAGCAAAUGAUCUGAAUGAAGAGGGAACGCUACAGCCAACACAAAAAAACGAACAAAAAAAAGUCUUUGUGGCGAUUACAUCUAGUUUUUGUUACGUUUUGUUGGACUGGAGCAAGCACUGUGCAGCAGUUACYGUUUACUCUUAAGGAAGAACAGUUUAGUCAUCAUUAAUAAACAGAGGUAGUUUUAUUAUGUGACUUACCUUGAAAUGAAGAAAUGUCGCUGCCUUUUAGCUGAAGGCGCAGCUUCAGACUGAAACUGAGCAGGCUUCCUCCCUGCUGACAAACCUCCCAAUCAUCUUUGACUUUUUAAAGACAAAGAAACAAAAUGUUUCUGUUAGAAGCAGACCCAUCGUAUGGAUCUGUUUUAGUGGUUUUCGGGUCGAUUUUUUACUGUUGCAACAAAAGAAAAAAAACUGCCUUUCUGAAAGUGUUUUUCUGCAACUCUUUCAUAUGAAAUGAAGAUUUUCUUCUACACGUUUACAUUCUUUCAUAUAAAACAGAACCUAAGAUAAACAAGCAUAAACGCUCAUUCUUUAAAAGCUUUUCUUACAAUGCUGCGUCAUCAUGAAGUCUCACUGUAACAAAAUCGACAAUGUUUUUGUCAUUUACACRUUUAUAGUUUAUUAUUUCAGCAUGAAGUUGGAAUUGUUACGAGGAUAAACCGUCUGCCUGAAAGAAUUAUCAUGAGGGAAAAAUGUAAAGGAAGUGCUUUUAUUUUGUAGCAGUUUAUUUAAAAACGUGAUUUGUGUUCAUGUCUGUGAAAGAUGUUUUGAAUGUAUAUUUGUGCAUUACGUUAUUGAUCACUAACAGUAUGAGUGAUCACAUCACAUUUUUAUUUUCAUUCCAGUAUUUUUAGGAUAUUUAAGACUACGUGUAUUGUAUUUGUGAUCAGAUUACGCUGAAUUUGUUUUUUUUUUGUAAAUAUCAAAUAUGCUCUUCCAUUCCUACCCUGGGUUUGUCAGGAAAAGCAAUUUUUUAAUAAUUUCAAGUAAAAAAACACCAGCCAGUAUUUAAUAAACAGGUUGUAACAGUGAAGCAUCGAUGUAAUAACAAAAAGGGUAAGAAACGAUUGUUAGUUCAGAUCCAUAUUUACUUGACUAAAAACAAAAUACUGUUUAUUUUUGUUACUAUACCAGUAUUGGUUUGAUGAAUUUGUUUUAAAAUGUAUUUUAUAUUCAUACAUUUUUACAGGUGGACUGUUUCCCACAUUUUGAAUGGAUUUUGCGUUUAAAUAUACCAAUGAUAGAAAUGUUUCUGUAGAUAAAUGUAAAUAUUGAACAGAUGUAAAAAGUAUGUUCUGAAAGCAAUUGAAGUGUUUUAUAAUA